GUCAAUGACUGGACGUUGAGUGAAAUCGAGUGAUGUCCAUUUAUGUAUAAAAGGAGAAAGAAUUUUAAUGUGUAACGCAGAUACAAGAGUGGACAGAUCACGCAGAACACAAUGCAGAUCACACAUCCAACUUGGAUACUGGCACUGCUGUGCCUACUGGGCUCCCGGGUCACUGCGUUCCCCAGUGAGAUGCAGGCUGAUGAAGACUCAAAUAUAUUGCAGGAUGUAAUAGACCAAUAUAUAAAGCCAUAUGUGGAACCUGUAGCAGAUAGAAUUAAAGCCUCACCCCUCUACACUAACUUUAGGAACAUGGUGGACAAGGUGAAUGAAGCAAAGGAUGAGACUAUACGUAGUCUAGCUAUGAUUUCUGUACCCUUGAUUUGGGGACCAUUAGAUCGGCUGAGUCGGGAAACAAAGCCAGUGUUUGAGUUUGUAAAAAACAUAUUUUGGGAAAAAAAUGAGCAAUAAACUAAACCCCCAAAUAUCAUCUGCACUUGGAAACUCAGAGGAAGAGCACGCUUGGGUUAACAACUACUAUAGUUUAUGUCUAUGAAGAUUCUCAUUCAUCCAGGUCAUGAUAUACAGUAUCUAGUAGAAUUAAGUCUAAAACAACUGGACUUUUCUGAGUUUUUCUUGAACUCAGAAAACUCAGAAAAGUCCAGUUGUUUUAGACUUAAUUCUACUAGAUACUAUAGUUUAUUGUCCUGGAUUAUACUGAUGUAAAGGAAUGGUAUAUUUUCGCUAAAAUAUCAGUCCAUCAAUAUGAUACCGAUUUAUUAAAUCUGUACAUGCUACAA